AAACCGGAGCGCGCAUACAAAAAAAAAAAAACCUUCCGAUAUUCUUCCUCCAUCCCCGAAAUCCGAUUUCUCGCCACCGAAAACCUCUGGUCCUGUGGCUUCAGCGGCUCUAAUCGGUUGCAUUUCGGAUCAACUGCUAAUUCCAAGCGAAGCUCCUACUGCGCUGUCGGAGUAAUUCACGGUUUUCUUUUGAUUUCGAUGGUAUUGUGAACUCAGUGAGUGGUGUGGUGGUGGUGGUGGUGGUGGUGGUGAUGUCACUCUGAAUUUAAAAGAAGCAUAAGAAAAUAGUGAGAUGAAUGAACUGUGGGUUCAUUCAUUGAUUGUGAUCAAUCUGAGUCCGUGAAAGGAUAUAUUGGAUACUUUCUUCGUGGCUUAUCCGCAUUUAACACGUCCCUCAAGAAUACGUGUCAGACUUUAUGAACUCAGUUUCUCAGGGAUGGCUAUUGGAGCUGGGAAAUUUUUGGUUUUGUUCUGCAAAUUAGUUUGAGAAGUUAGAUUUUUGUACUAGUAGCAAAACCCAGAGAGAAGGAAGAUCUUAAUUUGAAAGCAGUGGGGUUUUUUUUGUUGCAAUCCGACCUGUUUUGGGUCCUUGCAAUUUUGGGUAUUGGGUAGUGGGAUUGAAGUUUUAUGUGUAGCUUUUUUGUCUGGUAAUUGGGUUCGUCUGGGUUCUGCUUUUUGAUAAAGAAAAAAGAGUGGUCUAUUGCGUCAAGAUGCUGGAGCCAGAGCUUUGUUCUUCUCGGGUUCUUUCACCUUUUCGAGAGGAAAGUGGGGAUGAGGAACUUUCCGUGCUUCCCAGGCACACCAAAGUCAUUGUUACUGGAAACAACAGAACGAAGUCUGUAUUGGUGGGCUUGCAAGGCGUGGUCAAGAAGGCUGUCGGCCUCGGAGGUUGGCAUUGGCUGGUUCUGAAAAAUGGGGUUGAAGUAAAGUUGCAAAGGAAUGCAUUGAGUGUGCUGGAACAUCCUACAGGGCAUGAAGAAGAUGAUGAUCAUGAUUAUGAUAUUUCUAGCAGUAGCUCUGACGUUGGUGAAAAGGAUAAUGAUUUCUCUACCAGUAUUGAGUUCCACAAACUUAGCAAGCCAAGAGUUCGGACAAAGCCAUGGGUUCCGUCUGCAUCGACAAAGUCAACAAAUCGUGGCAUUUACAGAGAAGUUCAAUCCAUCCAUGCACCUCAAUCGAGGUUGAACUUAGCCAAAUUAGGUUCAGACUCAUUGUGGAGAUAUUGCAGACACUUCAACCUUAUGAGCAGCAAUUUUAAUCCAUCAAGGGAACAUUUGCUUAACGCGGUGCAGCGGCACUUUACGUUGCAGCUUGAAGUGGACGAGGCACAAGUGAUCAAUGAAUUUGUCCAGGCUGCCAAGAGACGGAGGUCAGCCGACAAACCUAUAGGACGGCGACUCUGAAACUUCAGUGUUUGUAUGAUAAUAUACAUAUUAAGUUUUUAACCCUAACCUUUAGAUCAGAUCUAAUUAGUAAACUGAUAUGGGAGUGGUGGUUGGCCAACCAUAUUCAAUCUCUCCUGGAUUCUAACCCUGUAAUAUUGGUAUUAUUAUAUCCUUAAUCUCUCAUAUUAGAUGUCUCA